AUGCCUCAAUACAGUUAUUCUACAGACCCACUGGAUUCUGGCAGUAUUCGUUUGCUCGGUUUGAUGCCAGCCAAAGACCUGUCCUCUCCAAUAUAUUGCCGACUUCAUGAUUAUUCUCUUCGAGAAUCGGACAGGGGGGUUCAUCUUUAUGAAGCUUUAUCCUACGUAUGGGGUAGCCUGGAGAACCCUAAAGUUGUCUAUAUAAACAAUCGUUCUUUAUCUGUUACAGCAAACCUUUACACUGCACUGCUGCAUCUUCGAGAUCGCGCCUUCGAAAGAAUCAUAUGGGUGGAUUCUAUUUGUAUCAAUCAAGAAGAUCAUACAGAGAAGGGUCAUCAGAUUCAAUUAAUGGGGAAGAUCUAUGGUCAAGCGAAUCGUGUAGUUGUUUAUCUUGGUGAUGAAGCAGACGAUAGCAACCAAGCGCUCGAAAGUAUACGUAUAGCUGCAGAAGAUGACUCUCCGAGUAUGAUAACCAAUGAGGUACACCAGGCGGGAAUCUUUGAAUUGCUUCAAAGACCUUGGUUUCAACGUAUCUGGAUUCUUCAGGAGGUUGGCUUCGCUCAACAAAUCCUGAUGAUGUGUGGGUCUGCAACAAUAGACGGUUAUACCUUCAGCAUCGGCUUCAACAAGCUUUUCCAUAAUCAUCAAUCAUACUUGCCAAAUCUUAUCCGUCCAGUGAUUUACCUCAUAAGAGGAGCAAUUUUUCGACCAAAACAUGCAAUCAGGUCGUCAGGUGCACUUUCUCUAGGUGCAUUGGUAGACAUGUAUCAUACCCGUAAGGCCACUAAACGCCACGACAAGGUGUAUGCCUUGCUCAACAUGAGUUCCGAUAGUUCUAAUCUAGCUGGACUGUCCCCUGACUAUAAAGUUACAUGGACAACGCUCUUGGAGCGACUUGUUAAACUUACAAUCUCCCAAACUAUGUUUGUAAAGACUUGGGAGGGCAAGGAGAUAGCACUAAUUGAUAGCAAGGGCUAUGUACUUGGCCAUGUACAAUCAAUAGAUAUUGAUAGUACCAGAUACGAGAGGCAGUGUGUAAAUAUCGAAUUCAACAAUCAGCCAAGUAUCAACAACGAAAAGUGCCACACUCGUUGGACUCUCCAGGCUUCAGCGAAAUCUAUCCAGCAAGGCGAUCUCGUUUGUCUUUUGGAAGGGGCUCCAGAGCCAACCAUCAUUAGAGUACACAAGGAUCAUUUUGUCAUCAUUGUAAUUGCGGUUGCUUUACAAAACAAAAUGCAAAGAAAAGACGGAUGUUUUGAGCACAUGCAUUGCUCGCCUUCAAUGAAGAACUUCUCGCGCGAUUUUCUACUUAUCUGGGACUGGGAGCAAAGCCCAGAGAAUUUGCAAUGCCAAGCAGAAUAUGAAGGUACAAUUGAGAGGUAUUCCUUGGUGCCGGAGUAUCUAAAGACAGAGACAAACAGAGUAGCCAAUUCAAUUAAUGUAGUACUUGCCGUGACAGACGCUAGGAACUACGAAAAGGAAGAUGUGCUUCAAAGACAGAUAAAGCACUACGAAGGAAUGCUUGGAGGAGAAAACUUACAUGUAUUAGCACUAAAAGAAAGCCUUGCAUGGAGUUAUUAUCAGAAAGAUGACAUGAUAAAAGCAAAGAAAUCCUUUUUGCAGCUGAUACAGGCAAGAAAUGGUUUGCAGGGUAAAUAUCAUCAAGAUACAUUGAAAAGUGUUGCAAAGCUAGGAUUGGUCUAUAUGGCAGGAUUAGACUGUGGUUUGAAUGACAGAGAUACGAUGAGAAUUUUCAAUCAGAUCGAAAGCAACAUUCAGAUGAGCGAGAAAGAUAUGAUACAAAUUGGAAAGUUAUCUAAUCAUGAAAUGAUGGAACUUUUGUUGGAACAGAAACAGGACAAUAUUAAAGUUACAGAAGAGGUGGUGAUAGCUGUAGCGACGAAUUGGAUUGAUGGGUAUCAGAUUUUGAAGCUUCUUUUUGAGAAACGAGAUGAAGAAGUAAAGAUUACUGAGAAAGUAUUGACAGCUGCAGUGGAAAAUUGGGAUUAUGGGUAUCAGAUCUUGCAGCUCUUAUUUGAGAAACGGGAUGAAGAAAUAACAAUUACUGAGAAAGUAUUGACAGCUACGGCAGGAAAUCCGAGAAUUGGGUAUCAGAUUUUAAAGCUUUUAUUUAAGAAACGAGGCGAGGAGAUAAAAAUCACUGAAGAGAUGGUGAAAACAGCAACAAGAAUUUCAGAAUCGGAUGACGGGUAUCAGAUUUUGAAACUUUUAUUUGAGAAACGAAGCGAAGAGAUGAUAUUCAUUGAAGAGAUAUUAGAGAUUGCAGCGAAGAUCUCUUAUUAUGGAAAAGAGAUUAUAAUGCUCUUGCUUGAGAAACGAAAGGAAAAAGUACUCAUAACUGAGAGAGUAGUAAGAGCUACAGGGCAGAAUCGUGAUCGGAAAGAAAUUAUGAUGCUUCUACUUGAGGAACGAGGAGAAGCAACGAUUCCCGAAAAGGCAGUGAUGCUGAUUGCUAGACAUUACCGAGUGGAAUUUAUGGCACUUCUGCUUGAGAAACAAAGGGAAAAAUUAAUUAUUACUGAAAAAAUUAUGAAGGCUGCAGUAGGAAAUUAUCUUGAUGGACAGAAUGUUAUAAUGCUUUUAUUGGAGAAACGAGGGAAAGAAGUGAAAAUCACUGAAGAGGUGUUAGAAGUCGCAGAAAGGCGUUCUAAUUUCAAAGAGGAAGUGAUAGAGUUAUUAUUGAAGCAUCAGGCAACUAAUGUCAUGAUUCCAGAGAAGACGAUCAAGGGCGCCAUUACAAAUGAGUAG